AUGCUCGUCCGCCAACAUCGCACAUCUGUGCUUACGCCAUAUCUCCUCAUUUCAGGGCCUGGCUUCGAUGUGAUCGGACUAGCAUUGUCGAUGUACCUCGAGCUACGAGUCAGCAUUGACCGGACCGCGCAAAUAACCCCCGACAAGCCCCUCAACUGCACGGUAAGCUAUUCGGGCGUUGGGGCUGAGGACAUCGACCUGAACCCAGAAAACAACCUGUUGACCCGAACGGCACUGUAUGUCCUACGCUGCCACAACCAGCAUGAUUUCCCGACACAGACCUCCGUGCACAUUCACAACCCCAUCCCACUUGGCCGAGGGCUGGGCUCUUCUGGAGCCGCCGUCGUGGCAGGCGUACUCUUGGGAAACAUCGUCGGCGACCUCAAGCUCUCUAAGCCCAGACUCCUCGACUUCUGCCUGAUGGUCGAGCGACAUCCGGAUAACGUCGCCGCAGCACUGUAUGGGGGAUUUGUAGGUACCUACCUCAACGAGCUCGACCCCGAGGACAUGGCGCGCAAGGAGGUUCCACUAUCAGAAGUCCUUCCACAGCCUGCCGGCGGCGUUGACACGGGGUUGACACCACCCAUCCCGCCCGAGAAUAUAGGCCAUUAUCGUCGAUUUAACUGGGCAAAGGAGAUUAAGGCGGUAGCCAUCAUCCCGAAUUUCGAAGUCAGUACAGCCAAAGCGAGAGAAGUACUGCCCAAGUCCUACUCAAGGCAAGACAUGAUCUUCAAUCUCCAGCGCCUCGCACUUCUGACGACAGUCCUGUCCGACAGCCCUCCCGACCCAGAUCUGAUAUACUCAGCAAUGCAAGAUAAAAUCCACCAGCCUUAUCGAAAGACACUGAUCCCCGCGCUGCCCGCCAUACUGUCCUCGAUGUCGCCCAAGACGCACAAAGGCCUGUUAGGAAUCUGUCUUUCUGGCGCGGGGCCGACAAUCCUCGCGCUGGCGACUGAGAACUUCGAGGCCAUCGCCAAUGUCAUCAUGGCGAGGUUCAAGGAAGAAGGAAUCACGUGUGAAUGGUUGACUCUGGAACCCGCUGAGGAUGGCGCUACAGUCCAAGAGGUAUCCGGCGACGUUGCUAGCUACCUGAAGAGCAAAGAGUAA